AUGCAGGUGGAAAGAGGAGAAUCAACAAAGUCUCGGUGGAUGGAGAUUUUGAAUAGAAUUCAUUCACGUAAAAAGGAAGAGGUUGGAAAAGAGGGAGCAGUUUUAUUUAUUUCAAAUUUGGGUGUGGCUUAUGAGAAGUGUGAGGAUGGGGAAAUAGAGAAAGAGUUAGAAAUACCUAUGCUGAAUGAUAUACAACGGAACCAGGAGGGAUGUAGACAAGAUAAAGAUCAUGCAGGGUUGCUAGAGGUAAUACUGCCGGUAUAUAAUCAAGUUGUGAGCCCGACUAAAUGGAGUGAUGUGGACGGUGAAGAUAGCUCUGAAUCAGAGAUGGAACAGAGUAUGAGUAAAUCGGGUCCUAGAAGUGGUUUGCAUUUGGUGGAUGAGGCCUUGGAGUUUGAGAUGGGAAGUCUGGCUAGAGAAGAUGAAUUUAUAGAAGUUGACCUGAGGAAUGCGACUGGCCUUUUCCGAACAGUUUCUGAUGGAGAACAAGAGGGAGAAUUAAAUGAGUUGGCAGAAAAGAAUUUUGAUUCUAAUCCAAAAUUGCAUAUACCUUUAAAGAAAGUGAAGGGGGUGAGGAAAGAGAAGUCUAUAAUUGCUCUGGAGCGUCAAGUGGGUGGGAAAGUUUGGCUUUUUUGGGCAGAGGAGGUGGAUUUUGAGCUGUCUUCAUGUUCGGAUCAAGCUAUUUCAGGAUGGUUUUCUUUUGGGUCGAGACAUUUGUUUGCGUCUUUUGUGUAUGCUAGUUGCUUCCGGGAUAAAAGGGUUGAAUUAUGGGAAUAUCUCAGGCUUCAAAAUCCUCAAGGGUUACCAUGGUUGGUUGGGGGAGAUUUUAAUAUUAUUCGUAGCGAUAGUGAAAAAGUAGGAGGGGUGUUUCAGGCACCUCGGGCAAAGAUGGAUUUUAAUAGUUGCAUUAAUGAUUGUGCAUUAUUGGAUAUUCAUUCGAAAGGAAACCGAUUGUCAUGGUGUAAUGGAAGGCUUGGUGGUAGGAGGAUUUGGGCGAGAUUAGACCGUAUUUUGGUGAAUGUGCAAUUUCUAAAUGAGUUUGAGGGAGCUGGUUUGUGUUAUCUGCCUCGGACAUCUUCUGAUCAUUUGCCUAUGGUGCUUAAUUUUUCCAGUCAACGAGAACACUAUAUGAAGCCUUUUCGAUUUCUCCGUAUUUGGGGUACACAUGAGGGAUGUCUUCCUUUGGUGAAAAGUUGUUGGGAUAAGGUUUUUGAGAGGAAUGCUAUGGAGCGGAUUAGGAAAAAGUUGAAAUAUUUAAAAGGCGAGUUAAUGAAAUGGAAUAAAGAAGUGUCUGGUCGUGUUGAUGUGGAGAUUCAGAAACUAGGUGACCGGGUUCACUUGCUGGAAGAAGAGCUGGUACGGACUGGUUUGGAGUAG